AUGGACUCUGGACAAGUGGAAGGGGCAGCCCACGAGCUCUACCGUAGUGGCCUUCUUCAAGUCCCUGCCCACAGCUCUGAGGUAGCGGCAGCUGAGAGCACGGAAGUGUCCACGAGUCCUGAGCUCGAUGACAAGAAAUCACUGGCAUCGACCCGAUCGUCGUCCGUAUUGCAAGACACUGUGCCACCACUAGCCUCAAACCCUGCCGCACCUUCGCGCUUACUCGAUCUCUUCCGUAGAAGCAAGCGGAACGACUGGGAUGCGAUAGCGACGCAACCCUCAGUCUUUGACGACCUUGACUUUGCCAAACGAAAUGCUGCCCAUCCGUUGUGGGAAAAUCGGCAACGCUUCGACCCACUUUUCCGUUGGACUUGGGGCGAGGAGAGAAAACUAGUGCGGAAGAUGGAUCUUCGCAUCGCCCUCUGGGCUUCCAUUAUGUUCUUCUGCUUAGACCUCGACCGUGAAAACAUCGCCCAAGCCAACUCCGACAACCUCCUCGACGACCUGGGACUCGACACAAACGACCUGAACCUCGGCAACACCUUAUUUAAAGUCGCGUUCCUUUGCGCCGAGCUUCCUUCACAGAUGAUCAGUAAGCGGGUGGGAGCAGACCGAUGGGUGCCAGCACAAAUCUGCAUCUGGAGCAUCUUUUCGGGCGCUCAAUUUUGGAUGAAGGGUCGGACUUCGUUUCUCGCACUACGCUUUUUCAUAGGAGCGCUGCAGGGCGGCUUUAUUCCAGACGUUGUGCUGUGGCUCAGCUACUUUUUUACCAAGCAAGAGCUCCCACUUCGUUUGGCAAUCUUUUGGCUCUCCAACUACCUCGUCAAGAUCAUUGGCCCCUUUUUGGCACUCGGUCUUCUCCGUCUGCGUGGCCACGGUGGCCAUGCGGGCUGGCAGUAUUUGUUCCUCAUCGAAGCCGUUUUGACCCUCGUAGUCGGCCUUUUUGCCUUUGUCAACAUGCCUGCGGGUCCCACACAGACGAAGAAUUGGUUUUGGAGAAAAGGAUGGUUUACCGAGCGCGAGGAAAAGAUCAUCGUCAAUCGCGUUAUCCGAGACGACCCAACAAAGGGCUCCAUGCACAAUCGUCAGGGUAUCGAUUGGAAAGCUUUUCGGACUAGUCUUAAAGACUACGACAUGUGGCCGCUCUACCUCAUCGGCGUCACUUUCCUGAUUCCGUCGUAUCCCCUAUCCAACUACCUAACUCUUCAGCUUCGACAUCUUGGCUUCAGCACGGAACAAACAAACGCCCUCUCUGUUCCGGCGCCCGCCAUCGGAGUCGUCCUCCUCUUCCUGGUUGUCAUUGUGUCCGAGGUCGUCGACAAUCGUUCUUUUGUGGCCAUGUCACAGAGCGUUUGGUUCUUUCCCCUUUGUUUUGCGCUGUACGCGCUGCCAAGCGAUGCUAGCCCUUGGACCUUCUGGGCGGUAGCAACCCUGCAGCAGGGCUUUCCGUACGUGCACGCCAUUCAGGUCGCAUGGGUUUCUCGUCAGUCAGGCUCGGUACGCACGCGAACGAUCAGCGCUGCGCUCUAUAAUAUGCUCGUCCAAGUGUCAGCUAUUAUUGGCGCCAAUGUCUAUCAGCAAUCCGACGCGCCGCAAUAUCGAAAGGGUAACUUGGCCCUUGCGAUCCUGUCUCUUUGCGUCUGCUUCCUCUAUGUGGCAACGUAUUACUACUACCGAUGGCGCAAUGCCACUCGUGACAGGAUUUGGAACGCAAUGUCCAGAGACGAGCAACUGAAUUAUCUCGACACGACAACUGACGAAGGCAAUCGCAGACUUGAUUUCCGUUUUGCCACCUGA